CCAUGAAUCCACUCCUGAUCCUUGCCUUUUUGGGAGCUGCUGUUGCUUUCCCCGCGGAUGACGAUGACAAGAUCGUCGGGGGCUACACCUGCGAGAGGAACUCCGUCCCCUACCAGGUGUCCCUGAACGCCGGCUACCACUUCUGCGGUGGCUCCCUCAUCAAUGACCAGUGGGUGGUGUCCGCGGCUCACUGCUACAAGUCCCGCAUCCAGGUGAGGCUGGGCGAGCACAACAUAGAAGUGACGGAGGGGGGUGAGCAGUUCAUCAACUCUGCCAAGGUCAUCCGCCACCCCGGCUACGACAGCUGGACCCUGGACAACGACAUCAUGCUGAUCAAGCUCUCCUCGCCCGCGGUCAUCGAUAGCCGGGUGUCCUCCAUCUCUCUGCCCACCUCCUGCGCGCCCGCCGGCACCCAGUGCCUCAUCUCCGGCUGGGGCAACACCCUGAGCUCUGGCAUCAACUACCCUGAGCUGCUGCAGUGCCUGGACGCCCCACUGCUGUCCCAGGCCCAGUGUGAAGCCUCCUACCCCGGACAGAUCACCGACAACAUGGUGUGCGCCGGCUUCCUCGAGGGCGGCAAGGAUUCCUGCCAGGGUGACUCUGGCGGCCCUGUGGUCUGCAAUGGGGAACUCCAGGGAGUCGUCUCCUGGGGCUACGGCUGCGCCCAGAAGAACAGGCCUGGUGUGUACACCAGGGUCUGCAACUUCGUGGACUGGAUUCAGGAGACCAUGGCCAAGAACAGCUAAAGCUCCCACCCCAUCCCUCUGCCAUAGCUAUGCUAAUAA